AUGGUGUUGUUUAUUGCAGAAACCCUUCAGGAAAAAAAAGUAGAAAUUUCCACUCUGGACACCGCAAACAUUCCGGAAGAAAUUAGUGAUGUUAAAGUUGGUGGUGGUGAUGAUGAUGGUGAUGGCGAUGGCGAAGAUCUAGUGGCACGCAUUCGCGAGGAAGCCAAUAUUCUGGUGGAUCGCGUGCUCGAAGAGAGUGUCGAGAUCAUUGAGAGUCACGGCCACCAGGCCAAUGGCCACGAGAUCGCCAAGCUGGAUUACAACUCAGAAAGUGAGAAUUAUGCCAUCACAUGCGACGAUAUCGGCGGCGUCGAUGUUAUCAAAUCGCCCACCAUUGAGUCCAUGUCGGGCAAGUCGUUUGACGACAACAUGAGCUUCACCGACGAGCACAUACAUUUACCCUUGCAUGCCCAGAACACGACCACCACCAUGACAACGACAGUUACCACUCAGUUCCAACAGCAGCAGUCCCAGGUGCAGCUGCCGCAAACCAAUUCCCAGGCUGCUGCCACAAGUACAUCGGCGGCAAAAGAACCAGUUCCAGUACCUGUUCAAGUAGAGAGUAGUCGAGAUCAGGACGAAGACGAGAGUGAGACGCGGGCAAGGCGCAUCGAUCGAAAGAUCGAGAAACUAUCCACGGACAUGGACGAUGUGAGUGCCAAGUUCGAUGAGGCGUUUGAGAUGUCGGUACCAGAGGACGAGAUCAGCGCCUUGCAGGGCGACUUCUCCAAGCUUAGUUGGGAUGACAGCGUGUCCCCCACGACCAACACCAUGGCCGAUAUGGCCCAGAACCAAAUAACGCCAGAUAACGAUAUUCAAGAUCUCAUCGCAGAAACAGGCGGCGAUUUACCAAUCUCAAGUGAAACCGAAACCACUCCCGUACCACCGUCGGCAGUUGUGGCCAGCACCACAGCGAAUGAAUCAGAAACCAAAACCGAAACUGAGCCGACGGUAGAAACCAAUGCAUUCACUACCACCAGCCACGAUACACCCACACCAAAACCACGAGUACUCAAAGCAAGCUCCCCAGUCUCCGAAGGCACCGAUAGCACUACCAUUCCUGGCCCUGUGCCGAAAUCCGAAAUACCGAUCGAUAUAAGUUUUGAUUCUGCUGCACCGGUUCCAAAGCCACGUGCUCCCAUUAAGCACACGGAACCGUUCGAAAACCUGGCUGCCCUAGCUGAGCAGUCCGAUAGUAUUAGUCUGAGGAGCUUUGAAUUUACAGAGGAUCUUUCUAAAACGGACGAACCGUCCACAGAGCUCUCCAUCCGAUCCCAACUUCGUGACAUAGUCACAAACACCACCACAGCUUCAGAGGAUCACACCGAGAGCUUUGAGCCUACGAGUGAGAUUUCGGUGGAUGAUGCCGACACUGAAAAAUCGGAGGGCAUUGAGAAGACAACCAGCUUUUACAUUGGGGAAUCCAGUCGCAAUGUAAUUAUCAAAACCUCGACAAGGUCCGCAAGUGUUACACCGCAAGAAGAAGAAGCCCAGGGCGAAAUAGGCAUCGAUGCCAAGGAUGUUUCUUUAAUGAAGGAGAUGUCUGUCGACUCAGACGAGGCAAACGAUGUUUUCAAAGAGUUUGUCACAAUGAAACCAGACGAUCCCGCAUCAGUAGACAGUAAAAUAACCAGACAAGGCUCGGAAACUAGAAAUGACAUUCUCGAAUUCGAGAAUGCCGAUAAAGACAAGGCGGGCGAACCGAAGCUCUCUAAAGUAACCACCGAGGAAAGCUUGACCACGUCCACCGGCUCCAGUGGACGAGCCAUUAUUGAAAUUGCUCCUUCAAGUAGUGAGGAUCCCGAUGAGUCCAGCAAGGAAAUUCCGGAAAUAGUAAAUACAAUCUCCGAAAAGACGGCCUCCACCGAUCGUUUUGAAUUGCCCUUGGAGAAAAGUGAAUGGGAAACAUCAGAGAAGGAAAUCCCAGCUGCGGGCAAGCCAAAAGUAGUGCACUCACCGCAGCAACCACAAGAGACCGACAUUAAGACUUCGAUGGAUAAGUCUUUCGUAGGUGAAACUCUUGCCGAAGAGCAGGGAUUUGGCGAUUCCGCUAGCAGUGACGUCAAGAGCUUAAAGGACCACGAAGCUUUAAUCGAGGAGUCAUCAUCAGAUUUUGUACUCAGUACCAUGCCCCAAGGCUUCACUACAACUGCUGAGAGCGAAGAUAUAUCUUCUUUUAUUGGCAUACCCGAUGAAAGCAUGCAAACUUCUACAUUGGACAGCACACAGCCGCCAGAAGGUUUGUUCGACACCACAAUCAAGGAGACCCUCAACAAGCAAGCAGCAAUGGCUCACUAUGCACAGGAUGUGUUUGGCAGAGGCGAUAGACGUGAUGAUCACGGUUCGCUGGGUUUCAUUUCCACCGGCACAGCUGAAGAGUUAAGCUCCAUGGAAGAACACAUGGCAAAGGAGGAGCAAGCCUCUCUUGGCUUUAUCUCCACCGAAACCGCUGAGGAUUUUAGCUCUAUGGAAGAUUACUACUCUGAAAAAUUAGCCGUGGCCAGUGUGAUUGCAGAUGAAGUUGCAACCGACAAAUCAAUCACUACAAGCACUUUUAAGGAGCUUUCGUCGGAUCAGUCAAUGAAACCAAUCGAUGUGGUAGUUCAUCGUCUGAAGACCGAGUCCUCGCCGGACUCCAUCAACCGUUGGUCGAUUCCCGAUGUAGACACCUCAAGCUCCAGCGAGAGCUUCCACAAGAGCUUCGACAAGACUCAAAGUCGACCCCUAUCCUCUGAUUUGGAAAACCUUGUGACUGCCACUGGCACAGGUACCUCAAGUGAGUAUCAAACCGCCCGGGAAUUUACCUCCACUGGCCGCACUGAGGGAACCGAAUAUAUUAGUGCCGUCAGCACCCUUGGCAGCAGUAGUUUGGAUUCUCAUUCGGAAACUUCGGCCAAUUUGGCUAGCAUUGAUGUUUCCGAACUGUCGGAGACAUUGGUGGCCUCCUCUGCCGAAGCGGAUCUCUUCGAGGCAGAUGAGAUGUCGCGGCUGCGUGAUCUUCGAGCUGAUGACGAGGACAGCGAUGAGAGCAUGGAACUGCCAGGAACUGCUUAUCCAACUACUGAACAGCAAAGUCUCAUGAAACGCUCCCAGGAAAUGAUUUUCAAGCCCAAGGCUGAGGAGGAGGAGCAACUGCCUGUUGAGGUUGUGCAAAUCGAGGAAUACCCGAAGCCGAAGGAGGCAGAGCGCACCUGGGGAUUGGCCUAUCCUCUGGAGGACAGCAAGGCGGAAAGCCCCCGGGAGAGCGAGAAAGGGGAGGACAUCCUUUUGUAUCACGGAGACCCACGACGAUCCAUAGACGAGUCCAAAUUGGCAUCGAGCUUGGACGAAGGCAGCAUCCUCUCCGUUAGCAUGUCAAGCACAUCCAACAUUGAUACAGUUGUAGAGAACUUUGAUGACAUUAUCGGCUCGGCGGGAUCUUCUUCGCUGACCGGCAUCGAAGGAUUCCAGUAUGGACAUGAUGAGUCGGUUCCAUCUGCCUCCGUGCCGGAAGACGCCACCUUUAUGCUGGAAAUGGAAAGCAAAGAACAUUCGCCGCAGGAUUCUAAUGCCAGUACACCACCAGGGGGAGAGUCUAAGCGACGAGGCCACAAGCGAAAUGAAAGCAUUUCGGGAGAAGCAUUGAAGAACCUUGACAAGGAGGUGGCACUACUGGGCGAGGGCAAGGAAUCUGAGAGCGAGUCAGACACGGACCCCUACGAAUCGGAAUAUGCCCGCCAGUUCAGAUCUCCUAAGGAACGAAAGAGCAAAAAGAAAAAACAGGCGGCAGCCGAGAUGGACCAUAGUGGCGAGCUGGAGAAGCGUCCAUUUACCCCUUCCCAGCUGGUAGCUGAAAUCAUCGUGGAGGACAGUGCCACAGAAGAGCUGGAGGCAGAGGCAGCCAUGAUCGAGGAACGUCGGCCGUCCCAGAACAUGCAGGACUACUCAAAUAUACCCGACAUAAUGGUUACAGAAGACAUCAAGUCUCCAAUUUUGGAGGAGGAGACCGACGAGUUCCCCGAAAAGAUGCUGUACAAGGUACGCACCGAGGAGGAGCUGCACAAGGCAAGCGAUACCUCCACGUACCAGAAGGCCAAGGCCGAGGAGAAGGAGCAGGACUUUCAGCGGAGGGUACAGGAGCAGUACCGACAAAAGCUGGAGGAGCUAAAGAGGGCUGAAGUUGGAGCCGAAUACGAUGAUCACAAGGCACCCGACUCUCCAGACUCUUUUGAAAUGGUCGAGCAACCCGACAUCUCAGAUGAGUUUGUGAUCAUCGAAGAAGUGGCCAAGGAGGCCAACGAAGUGGAUCUUGGCGGCCAGAGCAUUAAGAUUAAGCCAACCAAAUACGAGCAGAAGCACGACGAGGAUGUUGAAAAGAUCAUCAUCAAGUCAGCACCCGCGGAUCCCAAGCUAGGCUCUCAGCUCUACAAGGACGAUCUUAACUUUGAAUUUGAGGAAAGUCCGCCGACGGCGGCCAGCAGCAGCAGUGAACAGCAGGAGGAGAGUGACUCCAGCGAAACUGCAGCAGCCAACAAGCGCUGGGUGGAGAUGCAGCUGACGGACAACCAGUUGCGAUAUCCUUACGACCUAGCCGGAGCCGUGCUAGAGGACAUUAAGGAGGAGGACGGCGAGUUCGAGGUGGGUAGCAGUCGCAUUAGCAGCUUCAAAGACUCCUUCUCCAGCACGCCCGAGUAUGAUGUGGCAGCUCGCCGCUAUCAUUCACGUGGCGAACACGACGAUGUCUCGAUGAGUAGUCUGCAGGAGUUUGAGUCUCUGGAGCAGGCCAUUUCCCUGGAAAACCGCAAUCGCACACACCAAGGCUCCACGGACUCGAGCAAUGGAAGUUUCACCCGACGCUACGUGGUUCGUCACAGUGGAAGUGGAACAGCCCCGGGUGACGAUGUGUCUGUCUCCAGUCUCAAGGACUUUGAGGGUCUCGAGAAUGCCUGCAUUGAAGCCCACCUGAUUGAGAUCAAGGCCCGAGAGGAGGCGGCACUACUAUCGCGGUCAGAUGAGUCAAACAAGUCAAAUGCCAGCGACAAAGGAGCCAGUGGAAAUGUGGUGGUGACCAAGGUUACGCGGACCGUCACCCGCACCGAAGUUGUGCCCUCCAGUCAAGCGGAAAACAUCGAAGCCCUGCUCAAACACAAGUUGGAGCGGGAGGAAGGAUCCGCUGCAGUGAAAGCCAUCGAUAUAACCACCACUGAGUUGGAACCCAAGUCCAAGAUCGACAGCCAGGACUCCGAGAAGGACAGCAUCGAUAGCAUGGAGAUCAGCAAAAGCCACGAUAUGAUGACCAGUAGCAUAGAGAGCUUUGAUAUUUCCAAGGAUGCCACCACGCGAUCCGACAUUGACUCAUUAGAGAUUGACAAGCGACACUCGCGUCAGGAGAGCAUUGAGUCCUUUGGCGACGAGCAGCUGGAUUUGAUGACCAAGUUUGUCAGCGGCGGAGGAGUGACACUGGGUGAUGGCCUCACCACCACCACGACCACAACCACCACCAGCACCGAUGCCGAUGGUCAUGAGCACACUGUGACCAGAGUGAUAACCACCACAACGAGCGUUGGUGGUGGUGGCAUACAGGAGCUGCCAAUGGACGAAGCUGGCAUGUCAAAGGACGUAUCGGUGGACUCCCUAAACCUCUGCAUGGAGCAGACGACCAGCUCAGCUGGAACCACGGCUACGUACCAGACAAGCGCCGGAAACUCUCAGAUGUCCGGAAGCGUUACGAGUUGCGCCUCCAGUACUCUAAUGGAGGACUCGUUCCCUGGUGUGGGUGGCAUGUCGUCGUCGCAAAUGUCGGCCAGUUUUUGGUCCCACGAUGAGUCCACGGUGGUCGAGGAUGAAGAACACGAUCCCACGAAGAAGCAGCAGCAAGGCCAGUAA